UCGGGACCCGCCCACGGCCGCUCCCGCCGAAGCCCCCUCCCCGCCAUUCCCAUCGCGCCGCACGCGCGCGCAGGUGCGUGAGGCCGCGCCCGCCGUGGGACCCUGCAGACGCGGGCCCGCCAUGGAGCACAUCCGCACGCCCAAGGUUGAAAACGUGCGUUUGGUCGACCGAGUGUCUUGUAAAAAGGCAGCGCUGGGAACUUUGUAUCUGACGGCCACUCAUGUCAUAUUCGUGGAAAAUGCACCUGACACAAGGAAAGAAACCUGGAUUCUGCACAGUCAGAUCUCCACUAUUGAGAAGCAGGCAACGACAGCUACGGGCUGCCCUCUGCUCAUUCGCUGCAAGAACUUUCAGAUCGUACAACUUGUCAUACCACAGGAGAGAGACUGCCAUGACGUGUACAUCUCUCUGAUACGCCUUGCACGGCCAGUGAAGUACGAGGAGCUAUACUGCUUUUCCUUCAAUCCCAAGCUGGAUAAGGAAGAACGGGAGCAGGGCUGGCUGCUGGUUGACCUUAGUGAAGAAUACAAGCGAAUGGGCCUCCCUGAUAGUUAUUGGCAGCUCAGCGAUGUGAAUAGAGACUACAGAGUUUGUGACUCUUACCCCACGGAACUGUACGUCCCCAGAUCGGCUACCGCACACAUCAUCGUGGGCAGCUCCAAGUUCCGGAGCAGACGGCGAUUUCCUGCCCUUUCCUACUACUGUAAAGAAAGCCAUGCCUCCAUCUGCAGGAGCAGCCAGCCCCUCUCUGGCUUCAGCGCACGGUGCUUGGAGGAUGAGCAGAUGCUCCAAGCCAUCAGGAAAGCCAAUCCUGGAAGUGACUUCAUUUAUGUUGUGGACACGAGGCCUAAGCUUAAUGCAAUGGCAAAUCGUGCUGCAGGGAAAGGCUAUGAAAACGAAGACAAUUAUUCCAAUAUCAAGUUUCAGUUUAUCGGGAUAGAGAACAUCCAUGUCAUGAGGAACAGUCUUCAGAAAAUGCUGGAAGUGUGUGAACUUAAAUCUCCCUCUAUGAGUGAUUUCCUGUGGGGGCUAGAGAACUCAGGCUGGCUAAGGCACAUCAAAGCCAUCAUGGAUGCAGGGAUCUUCAUUGCAAAGGCAGUUUCAGAGGAAGGAGCAAGUGUGCUUGUCCACUGCUCUGAUGGCUGGGACAGAACGGCCCAGGUAUGCUCGGUGGCCAGCCUGCUGCUGGACCCUUACUACCGGACUCUGAAAGGAUUCAUGGUAUUAAUUGAAAAGGACUGGAUUUCCUUUGGACAUAAAUUUAAUCAUAGAUAUGGCAACUUAGAUGGUGACCCAAAAGAAAUCUCGCCAGUUAUCGACCAGUUCAUUGAGUGUGUCUGGCAGUUAAUGGAACAGUUCCCUUGUGCCUUUGAGUUCAACGAGAGGUUUUUGAUUCACAUUCAGCAUCAUGUUUAUUCCUGCCAGUUUGGAAAUUUUCUAUGUAAUAGCCAAAAGGAGAGACGAGAACUCAAGAUUCAAGAAAGAACCUACUCUUUGUGGUCCAACCUGUGGAAGAAUCGAGCUGACUACCUCAACCCUCUGUUUAGAGCUGACCACAGUCAGACCCAGGGGAGCCUUCAUCUGCCUACAGCUCCAUGCAACUUCACCUAUAAGUUCUGGAAUGGGAUGUAUAACCGCUUUGAGAAGGGGCUGCAGCCCCGACAGUCUGUUACGGAUUACCUCAUGGCUGUGAAGGAGGAGUCCCAGCAGCUGGAGGAAGAACUGGAGUCCCUACAAGAAAGGCUGGAAAAAAUUCAGAAAGUCCACUUAAAUGGCACCAAAGUGAAGAGUAAGCAAAGUGAACCCAGCAAACACUCGGGGUUUUCUACCUCAGACAACAGCACAGCUAACACUCCUCAGGAUUACAGUGGCAACAUGAAGUCCUUCCCAUCCAGGAGCCCUUCCCAGGGUGAUGAAGAUUCUGCUCUGAUUCUAACCCAAGACAACUUAAAAAGCUCAGACCCCGAUCUUUCAGUAAACAGUGAUCAAGAGUCUGGGGUGGAGGAUUUGAGCUGUCGUUCUCCCAGUGGUGGUGAGCAUGCACCCAGCGAAGACAGCGGCAAGGACCGGGACUCUGACGAAGCUGUGUUUCUCACUGCCUGAAGUUUCCCUUUGGAGUUCCAAAGUAAAAGACAAAGAAACACUUUCAAAUUAAGGGGAAAGUGCAAUUCAUAGUAAAAAUAUUGAAAAAUGGCAAGUUCCAUCCAGAACCAUAAAAUUACAGCUGUGAAAAUGAAACAAAGAAUGCUCUUUAUCAAUAGCCAGUUCUUUUAUUAAAUCAUAAUGAAGACUGAUCACCAUUCCUGAGGCUCAUGUUAGAUUAUGAAAAUGAUAUUUCCUACAAGAAUAGCAUCUUCAUCUAAGGUUGUUCAGUCUUCCCUGGCAUAGCAUGUCUCUGCUUAGAAAGCCCUCCUGUUUUCUCUCAUACCUGAUGAUGUUUGGACUAUUACUUCACUUCCAGAUGCAGUUUGCAUUCAGAAACAUUUGACAUUUCCUUCUGCCUUUACCAAUAUUUAAGAAAGUAAGUGCUGAGAGUACCCUUUUUUGUUAAUAAAUAUAAUCAUUUUAUUUUUUCCCUCUGGAAUAUCUUCUGCUUCUCAAAAAUGGAUGUCUGUCUUUAACAUGAAUGUAGAACAUAAUAAAGCAGAAGCCUCAUUCAUUUUCUCCAUCUCAAAUUUGAAUCCAGACAUUAGUUCUUAGCAACCUUUUGCUACUAUUUCAUAGAUUACACCAAACAAAACUGUAAGCCAGCACUGAUUCCAAUUACAACACUGUACACUAGGUAAUAAUACAUCAACAAGGAAAAAGGUCAAGAACUAGGGAAUCUGCUUAUCAUGUAGUUAUUGUCUGCUUAUUGUGAUAAGACACCACAACCAAGGCAACUAGAAUAAAGAAUUUAUUUGGGGCUUACAGUUUCAGAGGCUUAAAACCCACGACCAUCAGUGGAGGAAGGCAUGGCAGCAGCCAAGCAGGUAUGGCAUUGGAGCAGUAGCUGACAGCUCACAUCUCAAGACAACCAAGAGGCAGUGAGAGCUAACUGGAAAAGGCAUGGGCUUUUUCAAAAUCUAAAGGCAGCUCCUAGUUACAUACCCCCCUCCAACAAGGCAGGCCACUUCUCCUAAUCCUCCUAAACAGUCCCACCAACCAGGAACAAAGCAUUCAAAUAGAUGAGCCUUUCGGAGCCAAUCUUCAAACUCCCAAAACAUCUGCUAAACACAGGGAACAAAGGUUACAGCACUUUACAUUUUACAAAUUAUAUAGAAAAAGUUUUCUGCAACAUUAGCAAUAUCUCAUGACCAUGGACUACUGAAUGGCAUUUCUGAAGUUUCUGUUAAAAUCACUUAAAACAGGAUUUGAAUUGAGCUUUUGAUCUGAAAACUCUUAAUGGAGAAAUGUUGCUGUGUUUGGGCAUACUGAAAUGUUCUUAUAUGAUUUUGCAAUGUAAGUACAUUCUAAUAAAGAGAUACAUUUAAUCUUAGUUUUUUAUAACAGUAUUUUUUAAAGUGUGAAAAUUUUUAUCAGAUAAUGUAUUCAAUUUUUUUUUUUGGAAAUAGAAAUACAGUAAUAAGAAAGGACAAGAGGCUGAAAACCUAGUGAGUCAUACACACACAUCACAUAAUGUUACACAAUAUAAUAGUAUUCACAUUUGAAGACAGAAUGAACUUUAAUAUACUAAAGGCCUGUAAUAUAAAAAUAUUGUUAAUACAAAAAUAAAGCAAGUGUUAUUCCUUUAGAUGUUAAACUGACAUUUUCUGUUGGAAAGUUUUCCAAUUAAGCAUAAGGAAUAUUUACUCAUUUUCCUAUAGUAUAUCUAAUAGCUAAUAAACACAUGGAAUAUUGUGGGAAUGGCUUUUGCAGCUUUAUAACAUGAAUCACUUCUUUUCUUUUUUUCCUUUUUUUUAAGACAACAUUUGACUAUGUAGCCCCGGCUGACCUCAAACUCAGGGAUCUGCCUGCUGGCAUUAAAGGUGUGUGUCAUUGUGCCUGGCUGUUUUACCAUUUUAAUAAUACCUGCUCUUAGAAUACUGCUGCCUCUUUUUUUAUAGUAGACAAUAGGUCAACAAAAAAAAAGAAAAAACAUCAUCUAUGCCAAACUGGACUACAUAUUUGGAAAAACAAGCAGUAUGUAUGUAUUUUAAAUUUUUAUUUUUUAAUGUGACACCUUCAGCAUCAGAGCCACACACUUUUUGUUCUCUUCAUCCUUUUACAAGACAUAAUUUAGGUAUGUGUUUAUGGAGUCAUUUUAUUUUUUUACAAAUCAAUACUGAAGCUACACACAUGUUUACUGUAGCCUGCCUUUCAGAGUCCCGGGAUAAAUCACGGUCAAUUCAACUAAAAAUCUCUAGUAUUACAUGUUGAUCUUAAAUGAAGCUUCAGUCGUGAAGUAUUUUAUUAUUUAAGGUAGUGUUUCAGAGAAUGCUUCAAUAUAUAACUGAUUCAAGACUUACUUCCCAACCUUUAAUAGUUAUAGCUCAAGUGAUUUAUUAGUUAAUAGUACUAAAGAAUUUUGAUCAUGUUUGAGCAAGUCAUUUGACAAUUUAAACAAAACAAAACAAAAUCUCCCAGAAACCUUCAGUGCUGAAGUGAGAGGAGCACGGAACAGGUGUGGGACCAUGUCCUCCACCACGUCUGUAACAAGGGCCUCGCUUGCUGCCAUUCUGCCCACCAUAUAAACUGGUCUGCAAAGCUUCCCGCAAUGAUUCUCUCAUUCUCCUCUCCUGUAGGAGUAAUGGAAUUACAGACCUAGCCCUGUUCUGCCAUGUGCCAGGUUUUUAUAUAAGUCCUGAGGAUUUGAAUCAGGUCCCUCAAGCUUGCAUGACACAAAGUUAGCACUGAGCCACCUCCCAGCCCAGGUUUUCAUUCCUUAAGAGGAUGCAGGUGAGCCAAUAGAUAAGAGUGCCUUCCUCAUAGGCAUGAAGCCCUGAGCUCAGUUCCCGAGCUCCACGUGGACUGGGGUUGGUGAUACAUGCUUAGGAGGUGGAGGAUCAAUCAGAAGGACAAGGUCAUCCUCAGCUACAUCAAAGUUAGAGCGCAGUCUGGGUUAGAAAUCCUGCCUUAAAAGAACAGAAGGCACAACUUUAAUUUUCUUCUUUCUCCUACAACAGACUCUUAGCUGUCCUUCAAUUUAAAUAUGUAAACUGUGGUCAAAUAACCUUUGUUCUAAUUUUGUUACUUUAUUCUGAAGUUUUCACCCAACUUUGACUUUACUGAUUUGUUACUACAUACCUUUAAAUAUCCUUGAUAAAAUCUACCCUGGGUAGUGAUUCUUAAGCUUUCCUUUAUAAUCUUCCAUAUUAUACACUAAAGUAAAAUCCAAGAAUGUGCUUUGGUAUUCAUAUCUGUAGCCGAUUUUUACAAAGAAGAAAUGUGGCCAUAAAAUUACAACCAUGUACUGUCUCCUGCAAAUAAAAAUGUAAAUU